AUGUCCAACUACGCCACCGAAGUCGAGGCAAUCCUUGCCGCCGCCCGCGCCCGCGGCGGCUAUGAGUAUGAAGCGGACCAGGAAGGAGACGUCUACGAUAACGACGUCGACCAGACCUACGAUGCCCAUGGGCCUUCAAUGGCAGGAUAUGCAUCAGAAGACGGUGAGGACGAGGAGGAGCAAGACGGGGAGGACCAGGAUGGCGAGUAUGGGAGCCGUUAUGCGCAUAAUGAGGUGCUUGCGCGCGCGCUGGGUGUGCCUGGGUUUGGUGAAGAGGAUACGGUCCCUAUACCUGCGCAGGGCCUCUUCUUCACCCAGUCAGACAUUCCCCCACUCGCAGCCAGCACGUCUAUACCUGCACAAGGCCUCUUCUUCACCCAGGCUAGCGAUUCCUCCCCCUCCUCCCCCUCCCCCCACGACUCCCCACCCCACACCAUGAACAUGUCACAGUCCGAGGACGACGACGAGGAGUACGACCGCCCCCCCACCCCUGACCUUUCGGAAUAUGAUUCCGAGGACGAAGAGAAUGCGAAGCCUAGGUGGGAGAGGUGA